AUGUCAAGUGAAAACUAAAUUACACGCUUUUCAGAAUAAGAGUCUCUGAUGGAUUUAAAAUCAGAAGUAAUAUUAAACAGUUAAUUAGUUUAUGAGAAGAAUCAAUAAGAACCAUAUGAAAAUGGAAUUAUCUGAAAGAAAACAUGAUGAUGGCUCUUUAGAAAAAUCAAUCAAAUUAACUCCUAUGACUAUAGGAGAUUUUAUAGGAAUAUGGGCAAUUGCUAUAUUAAAAAGUUUAUUUCUAAUAUGUUUUCUUUUGAUGGCUUAUGAGACUUAUAAAGAUAUUUAAGCGCACAUUGAUAUUUCAAAAACUUAGGUUUUAAUUGAAAUGAAAAAUUGUGCUGCAGAAUAUGAAUAAAAUCAAUGUUCAGAAAAUUACUUAAUAGAAUCUAUGUCUUUAAGAUGUAAAGAAUUAGAAAUUUGUACAAACUAAAAUAUUGAAAUGAAAGUUAGAACACAAUAACUUUGGUUACAAGUCUUAGGAAAUUCAUUUGAAAAAAUGUUUAAAGAGCUUUCUCUUAAAAGUUGUAUUAUGAUCUCUUUUAUAAGCAUAGCAACAAGUAUUAUUUUUAUAAAAAACUGA